CGAGGCUUGUUGAGUCCUGCCCCGCUCCGCUGCGCUCUCACAUCACUCUCUCAUGUCACUGUGGAGCAGAGACCCACAGAGUCCCCUGCGUCCUCCACACCUCUGCUCAGAGACUCUCCGGAUACUUACACGGCUUUACAGCCUCGCCUUCAUCGCCCCCUUGUGCUCAUGUGAGGCAUUGGACAGAUGUGAUUUUUCAGGGGAAACUCUGAAGCCACAGGAAGCUUUUUUUUUUUUACAGCAACUGCAGCUCUCUUUCCUUUUUUUGUUGAAGUUUCCAGCCCUAAAAUGCACCACCAGAGGACUAAAUAACACCUUUCCUGUGGAUCUAAGUUUUCUAAAGAGGUAGAGAACUUUUUCUGGAAGUGCUAAAAUGUCCACAGAGUCCUUCCAAGCUGCCUACGCCGCCAUGGCUCCGUCCGCCAUCCCUUUGUCCCCCUCCACAAACAUGCUCGGGAUGUUUCGUGAGUACCAGAGCAACGCCGUCAUCAUCGAGCACUACAACUACACAGGCAAGCUGAAGGAGGACAAGUACAAAGAGGGGCUGUCUCCGGUGGGUAUCGCCUUCCUGCUGGUGUGCCUGCUCAUCGUCGUAGAGAACGCCGUGGUGCUUCUGGCGAUCUGGAAGAACAAGAAGUUCCACCUGCCCAUGUACUACCUGCUGGGGAAUCUGACUCUGUCCGACCUUCUGGCGGGUUUCACCUACAUGGUCAACAUCAUCCUGUCUGGAGCCAACACGUUAAACAUGACCCCAGUGCUGUGGUUCCUGAGAGAAGGUGGCGUGUUUAUCAUGCUGGCGGCUUCAGUCAUCAGCUUGCUCGCCAUUGCCAUAGAGCGCCAUGUAACUAUGGUGAGGAUGAAGCCGUACCAAGGGGACAAACAGGGCCGGAUGUUUGCUCUGAUCGGGGCGAGCUGGGUUUUGUCCGUGCUCCUCGGGAUUCUUCCGGUCCUGGGGUGGAACUGUAUCGGACAGCUGGACCGCUGCUCCACCGUCCUCCCGCUGUACGCCAAGAGCUACGUCCUCUUCUGCAUCACCAUCUUCAGCGCCAUCCUCAUGUCCAUUGUGGUGCUGUACGUGCGCAUCUUCCGCAUCGUCAAGUCCAACACGCAGCGCCUCGCCUCAGUCCCGCACCGAAAAGGCCUCAUCAGGAAGUCACAGAAGUACAUGGCGCUGCUGAAGACGGUCACCAUUGUCCUGGGAGUCUUCAUCAUCUGCUGGCUGCCGCUCUUCAUCUUCCUGCUCCUCGACUUCUGCUGUCCCACCAAGAGCUGCGCCGUGCUCUUCAAAGCCGACUACUUCCUGGGCAUCGCCAUGUUUAACUCGCUCCUGAACCCAAUCAUCUACACGCUGACCAGCAAGGACAUGAGGAGGGCGAUCCUCCGGCUGCUGUGCCGGCACUGCCUCCUCACCAAAGACGGGCAGGUGAAGAAGAUCGGGAUGCCGUUCCUGGAGUGCAGCACGAGUAAAGCAGAUGCAGCAUCGCACAGACUGGAGGGGCUGGAGACGACAGUGUCCUCUGGGAACUUCACCCCCUCUACGAUCAAAGCUAUCUACCCGCGGAUGUCCAAAACGUGACAACAAGCGAAAGCUUGGACUGAGACUGUGUAGUUUUCUUUGUACGCUGCUCCAGUUGCAAAAAGUUUGUGUUGCACUCUGCUAAAGUUUCCAUCCGACAGAAUAAGCUCCAUGCAGAGGUGUAAAUUCAGUGGAAAGGACCCUGAGCACAAACGUGAUAAGGCCCCCGGUCCCCAACUAGAAAAGCAAGAGUCCGGACUAAAAGUGACGCAAAAUGGCGACACAUGGGGUCAAAGUUGCAGCUGCUGCAUCUUUAUAGUCUUGUUAAAUGUCUCCUCGGGCAAUUUGGUCAUUACUUUUUAUCCUCUUGAAUGACUUUAUGGCUGUUUUGAGAUGAGUUGCAUUAUUUUGAAGUUGUUUAGUGCAGCGGUUCUCAACUCCUCAGUUCCUGAUAACAGGGGGCCUCAAACUUUUCAGCCUGCAACCCCCAGAAUAAAAGUACUAGAGACCAGGGACUCCCUCUGUACCUGAAGGUGGUUGAACACAACCAUGCAAAUUCAAGAACAGUUUUGUCCAGACUCACAUUUUCAGGAUUUUGUUAAACAUAACUCUAAAUUGGUUCAAAUAUAAAAUUUGAAAUCUUUAAGAAUGUUCUUUGUUCUUUGGAAGUCAUCUUGCGACCCCCCCUCAAGGUGUCUUGUGACCCCCAAAGGGGUCCCAACCCCCAGGUUAAGAACCACUGCCUUAUAAGACGAAUAUCUUCACAUUUUCAGAACAUUUCAAAAUGCAUAUCAAUUUAAUAAAAAAGCUGCAGUUCUGAUCUUGCAUGGAUCAUAUCUGUGACUGAAAAAAAGAGACAGGACAAACCAAACAUGAACAUUUUUGCCAACUAUCCAGAGAUCUUGUGGAAUUAUCGCAUUGUGAUGGAAAAAAGCUGCUUUUUUAUUCCAGGAAAAGGAGAUAAAUAAGCAGAAAUACUGAGAAAACAUUUACAUUUGUCUCUUAUCUCCUUAAAACUAAAAAGGCUAGGAUAAAAUGUAAGGAUGCACAUUGAUUCUUUUUUUCCAGGCAUUAAAACCCACUUAAACCUGCUCCAUGACCCACUUUUGGGCCCUGACCCACCAGUUGAGAACCAGUCUAGUGUCCCUUUGCCAUCAGUUGUGUUGUGUUCAGGUCGUUUUGUGUCUUUCUGUGUUAGUUUUCAGUCGUAUCGUUGUGUUUUUGUGUCUGUUUGUGGUUAUUUUCUCUCUCUGGUAGUUUUGCAUCCCUUUGAGCCUGUUUCGUGCCUCUUUGUCGUUGUUUCUAAGCUGCUUUGUGUUGCUUUAUAAUUGCAUUGUCCCCCUAUGUGGAGCUUUGGUGCAACUUAAUUUCCAUUGCAUGUCUUAAAUAUCCUUUUGCCUUCAUGUUGCAUGUCUUUGAGGUCAUUUUGUGCCUCCUAGUGGCCGGGCCUGCUACUCCUUGUUUGCAGAGCAUGUACAACACUCGGGGUGUCAUGCAAAGUAAAGGGUCCUCAUACCAGAGUCUGCUUAGGGCCUCACUUUGGCCAGAUGGCCCUGUAUGAGCAGUAGUUUUGUACGCUUUUCCAUCUCUUUGUGGUGAUUUUUGCAUCUUAUCUUCGAAUCUGCAGGUUCUUUUGUUCCUUUUUGUCUUUAUUUUUUAUCUAAUUGCAGUUGCUGUGUCUCUUUUCUACCAUUUUGCAUCCUUCUUUGUGUCUCUGCCAUCAUUCUAAAAUAUCUGAGGUCAUUUUGCAUCUUUUGCAACCCUGUUUGAUCGUUUUGCAUCCACCUUUUAUUGAAUCUUAUUGGUACUUUUGUGACCAUCACCAUUUCCAUCUUUCCCUGGUAGUUUUGUGUAUUCCUCUGCUGCUGUUUUGUCUUUUUUAAGGCUGUCCUGUCUCCUUGUGGUUGUUAUUGAACAUUACUCUACAUGCUUUAUGUCUCUGCAGUCAUUUUGUGUCUCUUUGUGGCAGGGGGAGCUUGAUUUGUGCACAAUAUUUGCAAUAGUUGUUUAGAUUUUGUGCAUCUUUAAUCCUAAAAUGUGCCUUAAAGCUGCCAGUUUCCUGUGAAAAAAAAGGAUCCUGUUUGUUUUAGAUAUUCAAAUCCAGGCCAGUUAUGUCAGAGAUUUUAGGAAAUGUUACAUUUCACUUUUUUCUGGUUUUGCACUUGCACAAACUUCCUCAAAAAUAAAUUUAAGACUGUGUGCAAAUAUGCAAACAAUUAUGACAGGAGGAUAAAUCUCAGUGGGAGAUUUAUCCUCGUGUCCUCUCUCUGUGAAGUGUAUAAUGACAUGUUGUUACAAACACGGAGCAUCCACACCCAAAAGCUGCUGCCAAAACCAUGUAAUUUCUGCCAUGUGAGUUUUGGUCAGCUGCAUUGUGGGUAGAGGUCUCCUCGGCGGUAGAUGAGAGGCUCGGCGUCCUGAAAGACGCGUCACAGUCAGGGUUCGAGCCGAGCGGUUUGCAGCUUUGGAGGUCUUUUUGACAGCUGUAGCAACACAUGAUGAACGAGGAGCAGCAAUUAAAGCCAACAGACGAUGUUUUCUGACGCCUCUGGGUUUUAUGAGCUGCAGAGAUUUCACUAAAGCUCACGGAGCAGCGGUAGAGUCAGAGGAGCUUUAAUCUGGAGAAGGUUCACCAUGAAAUGAUCUUUACUUCCUGUGAAAAAAAAAACAGCAUUAGAGCCGACGACUGACUGUGUGAGCUUUUCAGUAUGCUCAGAAACAUGGACGCCUUAUCCCAGUGAUAUCCUGUAGAUUCAUGUAAAAAUAAAGAAAUUUAUUUACUGAUUUUUAGCUUUAUGUAAAUAUAUAAAUAUAUAUAGUCUUUGUGAGCUGAAGUUUGUAUGUUUGUAAAAACCUCACUUAACUUAUGAUGCCAGUUUUAUAUCUGCACUGAAUAAA